AUGGUCCGCAUCAUCCCUGGACGACUCAAGUCCAGCUCUUCUCUCCGCCACAGCCGCUCCAGCAGUCCGACUCGUAACAACAGCAACAGCAGUAACGGCAGUACCGGCAAGAUGGCAGAAUUGAGUCCAAAAGACAAUGGCUUGACCUUGAAGGUCGUCAUUAUGAAGGUAUUCACUCUAGUCUACUGCUCUGCUACCCCGCCACCCUGUCCCGCCCGUAAUCUUGCGGCGAAGGACAGAAGCGGCACAUCCGACCCGUAUCUCGUUCUCACGCUCGGUGACGCCAAAGUAACAACUCACGAAGUCCCCAAGACCCUGAACCCCGAAUGGAACGUCAUCGAAGAAUUGCCCGUCCACUCGACCCAGAGUCUCCUCCUCGACGUGAUAUGCUGGGACAAGGACCGCUUCGGCAAAGACUACCUCGGCGAGUUCGACCUAGCUCUCGAAGAAAUCUUCGCCGACGAACAGAACGAGCAGCCCCCGAAAUGGUAUCCUCUCAAGAGCAAGCGACCCGGCAAGAAGACGAGCGUCGUUUCUGGCGAGGUCAUGCUGCAAUUCACCCUCUUCGACCAAUCCAACACCGCCGCCACCCGCGAACAGGUCUUUGAGAAGUUCUACGCUCUCGUCAGUCAAGUGCCCGCUGGUUCUAGGCAAAUCACGCCCACCAUGACGCCGUUGAUCCAGCCGAUUAAGACUCUGCGCGUCCGCAGCGGAACCACACCUUCACCCCCGCUCUCACGAAAUGUGACCGACGCCGACCAGGACGACGAGGACGACGACGAUCUCGAUAUCGAAGAUGACACCCCCGAAGACGAGGACCCGAGCAAGCCCGAGGUAGCGGAGAAGCGCAAGCGGCGCCUGAGGAUCAAGGGACUGAAGAAGAAGAGAAGAGAAGGCGCGUUCGAAUUCAAUAACAGCGGAGGCGACGUCGUCGGCAUAAUCUACCUCGAAGUCGUGAACAUUACCGAUCUCCCUCCCGAGCCCAAUUCGACCAGGACAACAUUCGACAUGGAUCCUUUCGUCGUCGCAUCCCUCGGCAAGAAGACAUACCGAACCAAGCGAGUGCGACACAACCUGAACCCCGUUUUCAACGAGAAGAUGAUCUUCCAGGUUCAAGGGCACGAACAAACAUACUCUUUCUCCUUCACCGUCAUGGACCACGACAAGUACUCCGGCAACGACUUCAUCGCCGAUUGCAACUUGGCCGUCCGGGAACUUGUAGACAAGGCUCCGAAGGCCGAUCCCGAGACCGGUCUCUACGAGCUCCCCGAACCUCACGAAUUCGUUCCUCCUCAGCAACGCCGAUUCAAAAAGCUCGGAAUGUCGCGCACAUCGUCGUCGCAGAGCCUCAGCAAGGUCGUGCGACCUGGUAUGUCCAAGAAUCCCAGCACCAUGUCCACUGUCACGGGAACCCAGUCCGGUACCGCAACACCUGCUCCCCAGACCGGUACUCUGAACCCAGAGUUCUUGUCGCCUGAGCAAGCUCUUGCUGGUGCCGGAGCUCAGACAGCCGAGGCGGAGGCCGACGACAUGGAUUUCAACGAGUUCAGCAUCCCAUUGAAGAUGAAGGACGCGAAGAAGUGGGAAGACAAGCACAACCCGGUUUUGUACAUUCGUGCGAAGUACGUGCCUUACCCUGCUCUUCGUCAGCAGUUCUGGCGCUCCAUGCUCAAGCAGUACGACACGGACGAGAGUGGUCGCAUCAGCAAGAUCGAAUUGACGACAAUGCUUGACACACUCGGAUCAACGCUGCACGAGUCGACGAUCGAUGGCUUCUUCCAGCGCUUCCCCCACAGGCAAGAAGGCGACGAUGUCGGAGAUCUCACCAUGGACGAGGCAGUUAUCUGCCUAGAGGACCAACUACAAGCCAAGAGCAAGCCGCUCACGGUAGCAGAGAAGAUGAAGGGCAUGCUGCCAGACACCGACAAGGUCAAGAAUCUGCUGCAUACUCAAGGAGGUCCCUCGACGGAGUCAUCAAGUUCUUCAGAUGGCACUAUCAACGUGCCAGAGCUGAACACUCCUGGCGAAGAAGGCGAUCUGCUCGACAGAGAUGAUUUGGCCGAGGAUCGUUCCGGCGAGGAGCACGUGGUUGAGAUCAGAGAAUGCCCCAUCUGCCACCAGCCUCGCUUGAACAAGCGCAAGGACGCCGACAUCAUCACCCACAUUGCCACAUGUGCCAGCCAGGACUGGCGACAAGUCAACAACCUCGUCAUGGGCGGCUUCGUCACCGCCAGUCAGGCGCAACGGAAGUGGUACUCCAAGGUCAUCACCAAGCUCUCUUACGGUGGAUACAAGCUUGGCGCCAACUCAGCCAACAUUCUGGUUCAGGACCGCAUCACCGGACAGAUAAACGAGGAGAAGAUGAGCGUCUACGUGAGACUUGGUAUCCGUCUCCUCUACAAGGGACUUAAGUCUAGUAACAUGGAGACCAAGAGGAUUCGUAAGAUGCUCAAGAGCAUGAGCAUCAAGCAGGGCAAGAAGUUCGAUGACCCCGCCUCGAAGGCUGAGAUUCCCAAGUUCAUCGAAUUCCACCGUCUCGACAUGUCUGAAGUGCUUUUGCCGCAGGAAGAAUUCAAGAACUUCAACGAAUUCUUCUACAGAGCCUUGAAGCCCGAGGCUCGUCCAUGCUCCGCUCCCGACCGCCCUGACGUCGUCGUCUCCCCUGCCGACUGCCGCAGUGUCGUCUUCAACAGCGUUAACCAGGCCACCAGCGUGUGGAUCAAGGGUCGCGAGUUCUCCGUCAAGCGGCUCCUUGGCGACGCCUACCCUGAGGACGCGAAGCGUUUCGAAGGUGGUCCGCUGGGCAUCUUCCGUUUGGCACCUCAAGAUUACCACCGAUUCCACAUCCCCGUUGAUGGCAUCAUGGACAAGCCAAAGACCAUUGCCGGAGAGUACUACACUGUCAACCCCAUGGCUAUUCGUUCUGCUCUUGACGUCUACGGCGAGAACGUCAGAGUUGUCUGCCCGAUCGACAGUCCUGUCCACGGCCGUGUCAUGGUUAUCUGUGUCGGUGCUAUGAUGGUUGGCAGCACUGUGAUUACCCGUAAGGAGGGUGAGCAGGUGAAGCGCGCCGAGGAACUUGGAUACUUCAAGUUUGGCGGCAGUACCAUCGUCUUGUUGUUUGAGCCGGGCAAGAUGGUGUUUGAUGAUGACUUGGUGGACAACUCCAACGGUGCUCUGGAGACUUUGGUUCGCGCUGGCAUGUCUGUUGGACACUCGCCCGAUGCACCGCAGUGGGCUCCGGACAUGCGCAAAGACGACAAGGACAUCACCGAGGCAGAGAAGAAGGAAGCAAAGCGUCGCAUCGGCGGCAGUCUGACCGGCGAGGAAUCUUCCAGCGGCGACGAGACGUCUGGCCACGGCACAGAUCUCGGAACGCACGCUGCUUCGGCCAUGUAG